CUGCUGGCCCAUUCCAAUCCUUGUCGGAGUGGAAACACGGGGGCCGACAGUCCUCUUUUUUCUCCCUUCCCGUUUACCUCGUUGUGCUUUCUUUUAUUUCACCCCGCUUUACUCUCUUUCUCUCUUUUCCUCGGCAGACAACUUUUCCUUUUCUCUCCCCUCCUUUCCGCUCCGUUUUGAAGGUUUUAAAGCCCUGUUCAAACGCUCCAGUUAUUUAUUUAUUUAUUUAUUCUCUCUCACCUUUUUUAAAUCCAAACGAAAUAGGCAGGUAUGUUUUUUUAGAUGCACCACAAAUGAGAAGACGCAAAAGAUGGAACUGCAUAUUUUAGAGCACAGUUUAAAAGUAGCAAGUAUAGCGAAGGAGGGCAUCCAGAUUUGCACUCACGGAUUAAUCAAACUAGCCUUUCUGCCCUCCAAAACAAGAUGUAAGUUCUUUAGUUUAACUGAAACGCCAGAGGAUUACACCAUCAUCGUGGAUGAAGAUGGCUUUAAAGAGCUGCCAGAGUCUGAAUAUCUCAGUGUGGCCGACGCGACGUGGUUGGCUCUCAAUGUGGUGUCUGGGGGAGGAAGCGCUACCAGCUCUCAACCAAUCGGAGUAACCAAAAUCGCUAAAUCAGUCAUCGCUCCGUUGGCGGAUCAUAAUAUCUCUGUGUUCAUGCUGUCAACCUAUCAGACGGAUUUCAUAUUGGUUCGAGAGCGGGAUCUGCCCAUGGUCAUGCACACGCUGUCUUCAGAAUUCACUCUGCUGAGGGUCAUCAACGGAGAAGCGGUCGCUGCCAACAGCACCGGGGUCACCAAUGGUUUCGUCAAGCCUAAACUGGUUCCUCGGCCAAUCAUUCACCCUCUCUCCAGCCCCAGUAACAUGUUCUGCGUUACCAGCCUGGACCCCGACACGCUGCCCUCGGUGGCCACGCUACUCAUGGAUGUCAUGUUCUACUCGGGCGGAGCGAAAGAGGCCGCAGGGCAGAGCGAGGAUUCUGGACACAUCCGCUUCUUCUCCUUCUCGCUGAUCGAGGGCUACAUCUCGCUAGUUAUGGAUGAGCAGACAACCCGGAGGUUUCCAAACAACGUCCUCUUCACCAGCGCUUCAGGAGAGCUUUGGAAAAUGGUCCGCAUCGGAGGACAACCACUAGGGUUCGAUGAAUGUGGCAUUGUGGCUCAGAUAUCUGAACCGCUGGCGACCGCUGACAUUCCAGCCUAUUAUAUCAGUACCUUCAAGUUUGAUCACGCUCUGGUUCCUGAGGAAAACAUCCAGAGCGUGAUCGGAGCCUUGAGGACCAAUGAGAGCACAGGACAGUGAAAAAACAUUCACGUCCCACAAAACAUUUAGGUUUCUAAUGUCAAAAUUUCUUAAAGUGCCAAGAGCUUACCUGAGGACUGCUUCUGGGAGGUGGUAAUGGGUGAAGGAUUGGAAGGGGGGGUGGGGGGUUGACUCUAGGUUUGCAGUCAGUAUUGAGCAACAUCACUUCCUGUCCAUUUCCUGCAAACAAACGAAAAUAUCCACAGAGCGUGUGUAUCCAGUGUUCUUCUCUUCUUUGUUCUGCUCAUCCACUCCUCCUCCUCUGCAGCAGCACAUCAUUUUAUCAUGCAGGGCAACAAGGCCUGGACUUGACUAACCGUGAUGUAUUAGUGGCAGGUGCUCCUCCUAGAGGACGCAGAAUGUACUCCAAAUGCGUUGUCAUCAUUUUGUUUGUUUCCCCCUCACCCUUUUCUUUCCCUUGCAGUGCCAAGACAUGGAGCAUAAACAGACUCCUUGUCUGAAACGGGAUGUUUUUCAAGCUGCGAUUUGAUGGUUCAGGGGUUGUUUUUAAAAUGGUUCAGUCAUAAGAUCAGCCUCUGAAUGAAGCUCGUCACGCUCAUUUGGAAAGUUUCCCUCCUAUUUUUUUGGUUUCGUCUCGCCUCAAUCCUAUAUUCGCAUUUUAAAGCCAAGUGGUCAUCAAUUAGUUGUUUGGCCUUCAAAGUACAAUCACCGUUUUCGAUAUUUUCAUUUCUGUUCGCCUCAGACCACGUUGGCUGCGAUUGCGCUGAAGAUUCAGGUGAGGUGAAACUAUCCUACACUUUGUUCAGGUUGUAGUACACAGAUCGUGCAGUUUACUGUAUCAUGUUUUUAAAUGCUCAUUGUUUAGUUUAUUUUCAUCACUCAUUGCUCUUUUUGAGUAUCUGGCGAAGCUGUCUCUUGGAUGAAACCGUUGGGGGAAUUGAGUUGGUUUGUUGAAUGUUAGAGACUGGCGUCAGUUUAGGCCUUCAAGCUCCCCCUCGUCUGCACUUUAUUUAAGGUCUAUCCUACAGAUCUUACUCUUCUGAUGUGAAUACCGGGGAUGAGUAUCGUCCUCUUUGAAGGACAGGACGCUUGUUGCUUUUUCCACAGGAAUGGGUGUCUUUUUUUUUUUUUUCUGUCAGUGCUGAAGCAUAUAUUUAACAGUGUUAAGAAAGGGGUGAUGUAUUUGUUCUGACAAUUAAAGAGGUGAAAUGAUUUCUGCUUA